AACAAGCAGAAAAGAUCUAUUUCAUUCAUCUUAAUGAAAAUGCUCAAACGCUGUCCAUAAAUCAAAAUUCUCUAAAUUUACAAAGAUUCAAGAUGCUUCAAAUAGCUUCAUGGAAAGAUGAAACUAUCUUUAUGGAAAAGAUUGCAACAUUUACUACUACUCUGCAAUACAUUAUUGCAGAGUGUGUAAAUUAUAAAGCAAAGGCUUUGGCAUUAGCGAGCCUUAUUCAAAAACAAAAGUCAUUACAACAUCUUAAACUUCUCCAUGCGUUCGGUGAUGAUUAUUGUUCUAUUAUUUUUAAAUCUUUAUCGAGUCAAUCAAAUUCUCUAAAGAAACUCAAUUUAUAUCGUGUUAAUUUAGACACGAUUAAUUCGUGGGUAUCAUGUUUUAAUUUAAAAACUUUAGAAAUUCGAAGCUGUGUGGGAACUCUCGAUUUCACUUCAAAUCCUUGGAAACCUGAAUUUCCAAAUUUACAAAAACUUAUAAUCAUUAAUUACGAUCAUAAUCGUCAAUUUUUUAUUCCUUUCGCUGUUAAAAUAAUUGAAGCAGCAACAAAAAAUCUUUUAUAUUUUAAAUGUUCAAUGUUAGAUGAUAU